AUGUUGAAUGUCAGUUGCCAGAGAAAAGCAGAGAACUCGGCUCUGCGAUUCCCCUUCACUCUGUCACUAGACAGCCCAAUGGAGCCUUCUGCAGUCGAACCAAUACCCACCGCGGUCAGCAGCCUCCUGGGUGUCCCAGGGCUUAUCACCUGGGAUGGGGAUGAGGCGAACGACGCGGAGGUGAUCGGUGGCAUCAGGCCCAAGUCCUCUCCUCUCCCACGGAGAAGGAGCGCCAGUGAUUUAAAGGACUGUGAGCUCGAGCUCACCCCAUCCAGCUCUCGGAGAGUGUCCUUUGCGGACGCCCUCGGCCUAAACCUGGUGAAAGUGAAAGAGUUUGACUCGUGGGACAUAACAGUCCCGCUGAACUUCAAUGCCAUGGAGGGAGAGACAGAGGUAGAGGAAUACUACUUGUCCUCAUUAUACACUCCGUCACCAUCCCAAGAAGCCAUGGUCCUGAGGGUUCAGGAGCAGAAGCUAGAGCUGGAGAGCAUUGAGUUACUCUACCAGACUACAAUACUAAGGGGGGUGGUCCGCGUUCUCAAUGUCUCCUUUGAAAAGAUGGUGUACAUCCGCACCUCGCUGGAUGCCUGGGCCACGCACUUUGACCUGCUGGCAGAGUACAUACCAGGGUCCAGCGAUGGAGACACUGACUGCUUCUCAUUCAAGCUCACCCUGGUGCCCCCCUUUGGGGAAAAGGGGGCCAGAGUGGACUUCUGUCUCCGGUACGAGACCCCUGUUGGGACUUUCUGGGCCAACAAUAGUGACCAGAACUAUGUGAUGUUUUGUCACCAGAAAAUCAAGGAGUCGAAAGAGAAACCAGAAAAAGACAAAAGCGGGCGCAGGAAAAGCAUCCUGAAAGCCAUCAGUCAUGACAUUCCCUGUGAUGAAAACUGGUCGUCAACCAAUGCUGAAUCUUCAGACGUACACAACCGUGGAGGGAAGAUGGCUAGUGUGAACACUUCUGAGUCUCAGUCAGGAGCACUCCAAGAUGAUCGUCAGAAACUAAUGGUUGAGAGCAGCCGGAACUCCAGCAGAAGAAACCGACGAAAGGCAGCACGAUUGGCGAAGGUGCGGGACUACUUCACCCAGAGAGAGGAUGAGACCCAAGAGAAAGAGAAGGGAGCAGUGGAACCAUCACAGAUCCCACAGGAAAGCACAUUCCCACAGGAAAAGCUUUCAAAUAGGCCUGAGGUACAACCACUGCCACCACAGGGCAGGAAAGGGUUUGGGCUGCAGGCAACAGAUUCUCUGUCUACGUGCAAACUGUCUCCUGGUAUCCCAGACAGCACGUCUUGGCAGGAGUCAGUGAAACCUGAGAAAAUAGACCCAACGUUCCGAUCAGCCCCAUCAGAGCUGAGAGGGAAACAGGCCUCACUGAUCCCCAGCAGAAAGUCAGAUUCAACUGAUCAACCUGCUGCUGUGAGCCAAAAUGGUGAUACGUCUGUUUUCAGUGUGGAGGGAAGUGCUCUGAUGCAGAUGGAAACGGAGAAGGGUGAAUCUGCCAUCAGCACAGACAUAACACAUUCAGAUAACAUUGUCAGGUUGGAGAACAGCACAGCAGGCCCAGUCCCAGGCAGCCAGACCAAUAGCUUUAUGUUUGGUAAUGUUGUGGCCCCACCAUACUGUCAGGGGUUUGGUAGAGUGGAGAGUGGGAGUCCGAGCUUCACCCAUAGAGGGAAUCGAACAAGUGGUCAAUUGCAUGAAUGGGAUUCAACAGCCUACACAGCCCAGAGUUACCCAUCCACAGAGGAAGUAGAAACUCACUCCUGUGUUUCAGCUGAUACUCGUGGAACACCUGAUGACAAGCCUGUAGAUCAACAGGGGUCUCUUAAAUCAAACCCAGAACACUUCAGCUCUGGAUUAAGUACAGAAAGAGAGUCUGAACCUAAACUUCUGUCAGAAGAGGCAGGAGGUCUUCUCAGGACUCGCACUGCCCUGAACACUGCUGCUGCUCUCGGGGCACAAAUCCUUAAUGUGAACUCAGGCCUCCAGGGGUCUGAGGAGAACAUUCUGCCUCCUCAGAACCAGAUGCACCAGGACAGUAAGCUUUCACAAACACAAACCCCAUUACCAAACACAACACCUUCACAAUCUCCAGUAGACACAACACUUUCACAAACACAAACCCCAUUACCAAACACAACACCUUCACAAUCUCCAGUAGACACAACACUUUCACAAACACAAACCCCAUUAUCAAACACAACACCUUCACAAACUCCAGUAGACACAGCACUUUCACAAACACAAACUCUGAUAGACGCGACACAAGGCAGUUUCCUACGGUUACAAACUGAAAUGGGGUCAAAGCAUGUCUCUGCUGAGAUGACUCUGCAGGGGGCCAGUUGUGGAUAUGAGAGACCUGAUGAGUCAGAUGAAAUGGAGAACCCUCUCACAGAUGAAUGGUCAACAAGCCCAUUCACAGAAAUAGUAGACACACCUAUAGCCAUGCUAGAGCCUGUGGAUGCUGACCUGAAAGUUCACACUUCAGAGACCGAGGAAAAGAUCACCACUGAGCACCAAAACUUUGCUGUGCUCCGUACGGACACACUGGAGGAAGAAACCAGUGGGACAGCAUUGAAAGAUGAUUCCAUUGUCAUUAAGGAAUGGACAUCAUUGGAGAAAUUAAUGAUGAGAAAACAAACAGAUCAAGUAAAGGAUGAACUAUCAUUUGAAGUGUCAAACAUUUUAUGCAAUGAAGAAAACCGGCAUUCUAUUGACAACGAGGAUUAUGAUGAUGUAGAUAUGUCAAACUAUGUUAGGUAUGAUUAUGAUAAAGACACUGACAAGGGCUCAAAGUUCAAAGAAGAAGGUAUUCAUAAGGAAGUUGAACUGGUAAUGAUGAACAGUAAGAAGUAUUUAGUUCCUACAAAUAAGGAGAUAGACACAAGUAAUGGACAACCAUUUCUAAAGAAAGAUCGAAUAGUAAAAGACUGGGAGGGGACUGUGGAAGAGGAAGACACGAUGGGGGAAUAUGUGGAGGGGGACGAAUGGGAAAUAGAAGAAGAGGAGAUAGCUGUGGAAGAGGAGAUGGUGGUUGGGACAAAGGAGUUGGAGGAGACAGGGGAGGUGGAGGAAACAGAGGAGGAAGUGGAAAAGGAAGGAGCGAAGGUGGUGAAGGGAGAGGGGGAAAUGGAGAAAGAAAUGGUGAAGGAAGGAGCGAAAGUGGUGAAGGGAGAGGGGGAAAUGGAGAAAGAAAUGGUGAAGGAAGGAGCGAAAGUGGUGAAGGGAGAGGGGGAAAUGGAGAAAGAAAUGGUGAAGGAAGGAGCGAAAGUGGUGAAGGGAGAGGGGGAAAUGGAGAAAGAAAUGGUGAAGGAAGGAGCGAAAGUGGUGAAGGGAGAGGGGGAAAUGGAGAAAGAAAUGGUGAAGGAAGGAGCGAAAGUGGUGAAGGGAGAGGGGGAAAUGGACAAAGAAAUGGUGAAGGAAGGAGCGAAAGUGGUGAAGGGAGAGGGGGAAAUGGAGAAAGAAAUGGAGGAGGUGGUAGUUGAAGAAGAGAUGGAGGAUGUUAAGUGGAUAGAGUGGGAGGAAGAGGAGAAAACUAUCAAUGACGUAAGGCUGGACACCAAGCAUCCUCGAGAUGAAGAAAUGGAAUCUAUCAAUGGAGAAGGGGAGACCUGCAUUCAAUCGGAUAAAUCUGUCAGUGGGAAAGAGGGUGAAGGGGAGGGCGAGGAGGACCAUGCUUCCACAGAGUCUCUGUCAGAGGAUAAGAUAGAGCUGUACAUGCGCAGUCUAAGGGCAGUGCAGAAGCUACGAAACAAGGACUUAGUCUUGAGUCUUGGGAAACGGCCCUCCAUAAGCAGAAGAGGCAGCAAACCGUCCAUGACGUCCAUCAGUGAGUCUGUGGAUGUGGAGCACCCGAGCAACCAGGAAGAUCAGCCAGACACAGAGACAGUGGAGCAUCAGCCUACAAAUAACUCAACCGGGGCCCGCGUUGUGUACACGUCCUCUCUGAAGUGA